UAGUUGAGGAAAUUCAAGCCCUUCCCCUGCCUCCUCUACUCCCGCAAUUUGAUUAGAACAGUGAUCUCCGCCUCUAUCUUAUCUACAUAUGUGAGUAAAAAUAAAUAUUUAUACAUAAAGAGUUCAAGUACGAGAUUGAAGAAUGGUAGCUGCUGCUACAGAUCCAGAUCAUUCAGACAACAAUAUGACCUCCCACCCCCAAGGAGAGGUUCGGUCAGCAGCAACAGCAAGAGAGCCGCCGGACCAGACCGUACGGUCCAUCGGGAGACAGCUGUCCAUCUACUCCCUCACCCUCGACGAAUUCCAGAACACACUGUCCGAAAAUGGCAAGAGCUUCGGCUCCAUGAACAUGGACGAAUUCCUCAACAGCAUAUGGACUGCCGAAGAGAAUCAGAAUCAGAAUCAAAACCAAAAUCAAAAUCAAAAUCAAAAUCACGCCCAUGCCCAUGCCCUCGACACGAACAACAACAAUAAUAGUAAUUACUACAAUGGUUCCUCCUCCUCCUCCUCCUCAUACGCACUGCAAUUGCAAUUACAAUUCCCCAACGGUAAGGGGAUCGCACAGCAGGCGAGCAUUCCGAGGCAGGGCUCCUUCAGCAUCCCGGAGCCGCUGUGUCGGAAAACGGUCGAGGAAGUUUGGUCGGAGAUCCAGAAGGAGCGCCAGCGCAGUGCCAGUAACGGUCGGAUUCAUAAUCCUCAGAAACAGCCGACAUUUGGGGAGAUGACGCUGGAGGAUUUCUUGGUCCGGGCGGGUGUUGUGAGGGCGCCGGCUGCAACACUAGUGUCCGAACAAUAUGGGAUUUUCCAAAGCAGCAACCAGGCGGUAAUGGCGGCGCCUAAUUUCAUUGCAGCCAGGCCAGUUAUGGCAGCAGCCGUCAAUGUUCCCGCCGGCGGUGGCUACAUCGGAGGAACCAAAAUGGGGAAUGGAACUGGAGGAGGAGGAGGAGGAGGAGGAGGGAUAGGGAUAGGGAUAGGGUCACCGGGGAGUCCGGUGGGAGACGAAGAAGGCCAGUACGGAAUGGGAAUGGGAAUGGACUCAGCGAGGGGUGGGACUGGGAGGAAGAGGCUCGUGGAUGGGCCGGUGGAGAAGGUUGUCGAAAGAAGACAACGAAGGAUGAUCAAGAACAGAGAGUCGGCUGCUCGAUCCAGGGCCCGGAAGCAGGCUUACACAGUGGAACUCGAAGCAGAAUUAAACCAAUUAAGGGAAGAAAAUGCACACCUAAAACAAGCUCUGACUGAUCAAAUCAAAUCCGACAGGCCGAAUCUGAGAGGAAAAGAAAGCAGCAGUACUAUGAAGAAAUGAGAGCUAAAGCGCAGGCGCAGUCGAAAGCCAGGAAAGCGAGAGAGAAACUACAAUCAACGAGGAGGAGCUCAAGCUGUGGCUACUGAAGAGUUAUAGCAUUAACAUUAACAUUAACAUGCGCUACGCUACUCAUCAGAUCAGAUCGAUCCCACACGUAAAUUGGUUCCAUCAUUUUACGUACAUACAUACAUAUAUAUAUAUAUAUAUAGCGCUGUGUUGUAGUAGUUGUAGAGAUCAAUGAUCUAGUGACGACACCAAAGAUAGAUGCAAGACAACUAUUAUACAAAUCCUCCUCACAUAUAUAUGGUAUGUUUUAAAUAUGCAGAUUUUGAUGUUAGGGCAGGGCAGGGCAGACAUUUCUCUUAGAAAUAAUAUCCUAAUAGAAUCAGUGCACACAUGACAUUAUUAGCAUGCA